AUGGAUGCAGACAGGCGGCUCUCCAAAGCUCUCGAAGCUGCUAACGAUGCUCUUCAACAUCUUUCAAUAACACUAGACUUUGGUAGUCUAGACUGCACACAUAUUGAUCGGCUACUCGCACGUGUAGUCGAUCUCCCAACUGAAGGCAAUCAAAGAAACAGCAGGAGAAAUCUGCUUGUCAUCCGACAGUGGAUGGUCAGCGAAGGCCCCGGUGUCGUACUUCUUGAAGUCCUAGGCCAGCUGUAUUGGCGGUUAGGCGAGCUCAAUAGCAGUCAGUUCGACAAGUUCAAAGCAUCACUCCAGCAACGACAGCCAUACUUAUCAUUGACACAAAAUGCAAACGGGACAGCGCUGGUAGUUCAACGAAUCCGAUACAUCCAAAGAUCCAAGGCGGAUGCCUGUCAAGACUUUCUUUGCGAAUUGUCAGACCUUGCUGGCGCUAAAGCGGACUCCCCAAUGCUCAGCGUAGAAGCUUUGCAAAUAGCUUCUCGCAGUCCGACGCGGUCUGAUCGUUCCCGAGACAGUAUCUCGUCACAGGAAACCGGUCUAGCAAGUCUUAUCAAGUAUGUUCCGUCUAGUACAGUACCUGCUCCUGGGGAUAUGGAAGGCUUCCUUAUCGAGUUUUAUGCCAAGGGCAUCUGCCCAGGUCGUACUGUCGCGUCUCAGUCAAAUGUGUACAUCUCGUUACUGCAUGUGGCAGAAUCUUGCCUAAGCACGCGAUACGCCUUGCUCAGCCUCUCAGCUUCGUAUCUCUGCGAGCAGCUCCCAAAAGAGAAAGACACUUACCACCAAGCCGAAUUGUACUAUUCUACACAAGCGCUUCAGACUCUGGCAGCACAAAUCAGCGAGGGACGCUAUUUUGACGGUGUUCUAGCUACUAGCAUGUUGCUAAUGCAUCAUGGCUUAAUCAACAGGGAGGAGUCUCCUCUAUGUUGGUCUGUUCACGCCAACAUACUCGAUGCGAGUUCUCCAGAGCUAGUCAAUCACCACUCCGAUCCCGCUCUGUUCUUGCGUGCUCAACUCAUUCUAGCACGAACAGCACAAAACUCUCAUCAGUUGAGCAGAACCCAGCGACAUUCGUUUGAGACAAUGAACUGGCUGGAGGGUGUAUCACUCAUCGAAGCGGCUAAAGUCUCUACCAUUCUUGGAAUCUCGCCUCAGCUGCUUUCCAUCAUAUCAUCUGUAACUUUACUUCCGACUAGUCCGAAUAGAUCGAACAAGCUCAUGUAUGCUCAAUCACAAGAGUUGCAGAUCCAAAAUCUCAAGCAGUGGAGUUCAGAGCAGGAAGGACCAGAAAAAGAAGUAUUGCUCGCUACCGCAGAGGCCUUUCGUCUCGCUACGCUGAUCUAUCUUCGUUGUCAUGUCUACGGACUCACGCGGUUCCACGCUUCCAUCCUUGAACUUUCAGAUGCACUACAUACCAUAAUUCUCUCACUCCCAGUGAAAGGCCCGCUAUAUACCGCGAUUUACCCCGUCUGGCCAUUCUUCGUUGCUGCUGUCACCGCAAACUCGGAAAAACGUGACCGUCUAUACCAACGCGUUGUACCAAUACGAGAAGGCGACAAGAACACACUUCCAGCAGUGCUAAAGCGUAUCAGUGGUAUUCGAACGUGGCUUGCGAACCAGGACACGACGUGCCAGCGGCAAGACGGCUGGUGGGACGAGAUGCUCAGUCCCAGCUCUAGCACGAUAGUACUGGGUCCGCACCUUUUGUGUUUGGGCUGA